GGCAGCAGCAGGUGGUUCUCAGUCAGCGGCUCGUCUCCUCAGCCGCUGCAACUUUUAAUUUUUACCACAAAAAAACACGGAUUUAAUCCACCAAACAACUGACAUGGACUUUUAAACUGCCAGCAGUCUUUUCCUCUAACUUUGUCUAGUUUUUCUCAGCGUUUUUGUGAUGGAUUCAGACGCAGAAGCGGCUCUUUGUGGACUUUUAUGAGAUAGUUCUGUUUUUUGGGGGGGGGGGUUGUUUAUCGUCGCCACCUCCGUUCUGAGGAGUAAAAAUGCGGUGUUGGCGUUUUAAUGUGAGUUAAAGUCAGCAGGAUGAUCUCGGAGGAGAGGAGCAGCCUGGGGAGCUUCCCGGUGGGUUUCCUCAUCCGCUCCCCGAAGAAGCGCCUCGCCAAACUGGGCAGGAAACCCAGCAAUGGAUCCGUGCAGUCCAACAACUCAAACACCACCGUUCGCUCUGCAGAGAGUGUGGGUGUCAGGCAGCCGGCCAAGAGCAAAAUCCGCCGCCACAACAACAGGUUUUCAACUGUUUUCAACUACAGCCCCAAUUUACGGGAAGCAGGACGACAAACAGUCACACCGGCCACUGGUGGUAUGGCCAGAGACCUCCAGGCUGGAGACGAUCCGGCUGAGCUGUCGAGUCAAAUGUCUGUUCCCGGCAUCUUGAAGAUUUUUGGCAGUGACAUCUGUCAGGGGACCAACUACAAGAGUGUCCUGGCUACCACACAGUCCAGUGCAAAGGAACUGGUGAAGGAGGCACUGGAGAGGUACUGCUUGGAAAAAGAAGACGCCAAUGACUAUGUGCUCUGCGAUGUGAUUGGCCAGACUGCUACAGAUAACCAGUGGAAGAGGGAGUGUUUCCGGGUGGUGGGUGACAAUGAACAACCUCUCAUGCUGCAGUCACUUUGGAAGCCUAAGGAAGGCUUUUCCAGACGUUUUGAAAUCCAGCGGAGAGCACGUGUAGAGGACCAAAGCUUAAAGGAGCGGGACACAGUCACAGCAGGGAUCAACGCACAGGCUCGCAAACUGCAGAAGAGUCGCACCAGAGUGACCUCGCUGUUUGUGGAUGGCAGUGGGGAGGACGUGGAUGGACUCGGGCUAUGGAGAAGCCUGAGUGAGAUGGACAUGUGUGCUAUGGGGAAAGAGGCCAGCCGCGUCCAGCGGGGCACCCUCAGGGAGGAUCCCGAGGCCGAGGUCGACAAGGAGGUUCUGCGUCUGGGCACGGAGAAGGAGGAGACGGAGAGCAGCGACGACAACACCACCCAGUAUUCUAUCCACCCGCCAUUUGACAUCCCGUACUUCCUCCUGCUGCAGGGCUACAGCCACCGGCAGGAUUUUGUCAUCUACCUGAUGAGCGGCACCACCACCAUCUUUGGCUGCUGCAGGGAGCACUCCAACGGUGAUGAUGAGGAGCGAUUAAAGGUCGACAUCCUCCUCUUUGCUCCCGAUGUGUUGCCUCAACACUGCUGCGUCAGACGCCUGGACUCCACCGGACCGUCCUCCAUCAGACCGUCCUCCACCGGACCGUCCUCAACUGAGGAGCCCAAAAGGACAGUAACAAUGCUGAAGCCGCUCCACGGUGCUCCAGUGACGAGGAAUGGUCAACUCCUCAAAGAGGAGGUGGAGCUGGAUUCUGGGGACUUAGUUGGUUUGGGCAAGCACUAUCUGUUCAUGUUUAAAGAUCCCGCCAGCCCGUCUGGAGUUCUCCAAACACCCCCGUGGAUGACCAGGCGCUGUCCCAACUACAAUACAAAGGUGCUGUCCUCCUGUUCAUCAUGCGGCUCUUCUGCCGCAGUGAAAAUCUGUCAGAGGAAACCUCCACCGUCUCAUUGGCGAGACCUCGACGGCACAGAGGCUUCAAUAAGCUACGAGCUAGACCAGGAGGAAAAGGUUCUGCAGGAGGUCUUGAGUAUGUUGAACCCCGGUGGCGAUGAACCCAAGCUGACUCCUGCGUUCCUGCUCAGCCUUUGCAUCCAGCAUUCAGCCUCUGCGUUUGAGCUGAGACACUUACGGCAGCUACUGCUGCGGAUCGCCAGCCAGAUCCAGCUGGUUAUGUGGGAGAAGAUGAAGACGCUUGCUGCCAUUCAGCCAGAAGCGAGCUCCAGCUGCGGGCAGCCUGAGCCGCUGCAGCUCCUGGGUGUGGACAAGCUGAUCCCAGGUCUGCAGCCGCUGGUGCUGUGGAUGGCCAACUCCAUCGAACUGCUGCACUUCAUCCAGCACGACGUUCCUCUGCUGCUGCUGAAGCAGAAUCAGGAGGACGAAGGUUUGCUGGAUUCUGAGAUGUCUUCCACUCAGACAGCCUGUGAGGAAGCCAUGACGGUCUUGGAGGAAGUCAUCAUGUUCACCUUCCAGCAGUCUGUCUACUACCUGACUAAGAGUAUGUAUUCGGCGCUGUCAGGUCUGCUGGAUGGAAACCCGUUCUCAGAGAGUGGUCAGCUGCGGGUCCCUGAUGGUCUCAGUCAAAUUCUAGAUGUUCUAAAAGAAGCAUUGAAGCUGCUCAUGGCCUUCCAGGUCCACCCAGAUAUCUCCUUACAGCUCUGCUCCUAUCUGUUCUUCUUCAUCAACGCAUCGCUGUUCAAUGCCCUCAUGGAGAGAGGAUCUGUCACUGGGUUCUUCCAGUGGUCCCGGGGAGUGCAGAUCCGGGCUAACUUGGACCUGCUGAUGGACUGGAUCCAGAGCAUCGGUCUGGGUGAUCUGGCUACGGAGUUUUUCCAGAAGCUUUCUGCUGCUGUCAAUCUGCUGGCCACACCCAAAGAAACCCUCCUACAGACAUCCUGGACGUCCUUGAGGACUGAGUUUGCUGCCCUGAAACCUGCACAGCUUCACCACAUGUUGACGGAGUACAACUACGGUAAAAACCGUGCAGCUGCAUGGAGUCCAUCACUCAGCGAGUUGGAGGACGCCGUCCGAACCACCGACAUCCUGGAGAGCUUUAACGACCACCCGCCGCUCAUCCUGCCCAGCAACACCUUCCACCUGGAACUGGGUAAAGCCAUCACAGAGCCUGCUCUGUUUGAGCAGCUCCGUCGUCUGCAGGAGUUCAUACGACACCUUCCUCGUGGUGAAACUGCAGUCGAACCGAACAUGGAGCAACAGACUGUCAAGGCAACAGCAACACUGAACCAGUCUACACAUCCUGGGACCAUCAACUCUCCAUCAUGUCUAUCCCCGGAUGCAGAUCCAGAGUCAGGUCCUGCUGUAACUAUUCCGGCCCGGGAAACUCACAACGACCUGAGCAGCUGUGAGGCAGUUCUGACGCAGAAGCUGAAGAACCUAGAGCUGCAGAAGACUAUUCAAGGGCAAGCUGGCCUGGGAUACCAUGAGAGCCUCGCGUUGGACCCAUCCUGCCUGCUGACACCUCCCAACACCCCCCAGGGAGUGGAGGUGGCCAACCUGGAAGCUGAUCUGGAGGAGGGUGCUUGUCAAAAUAAGAAAGCCGCCGGAGGUGCAGAGAGGAAGACUGAGGAUGUGGACGAAGCAGAUGACAGAGAGGAAGUCUUCACAGUGGAGCUGCACCGGGGGCCUCAUGGUCUGGGCUUGGCCCUCGUAGAUGGAACAAAAACGCCACUGAGAAUGAGCGGAAUCUACGUGAAGUCGGUGGUGCCCGACUCACCCGCCGCCCGGUGUCAGAAGCUGAGGACGGGCGACCGGAUCCUGGCCGUUAACGGUGCCAGCCUGGUGGGCGUGGAGUACACGGUUGGCCGGGAGCUGAUUCGAUCUUCAGCGGACUCGCUCAGGCUGCUGGUGGCCAAGAUGGAUCCAAAAACAAGCAGCCGCGGCCGGGCUGCGACCAAAUGCUGAAGGCUGAACUCGGCUUGUGAGGGGAAUU